ACUCCUAUUAUUCCGAAACUCCAUUCGCUUUUUCAUUUUGGUAGUCAGGCGAUUUCAUGUUUUUUCAUCUUUGACUGGUACUUACACGGACGCGACCGCGGAGUUAAAUCCGAUUCUCUCUUCUUCAGAGAUUUUCUCCUCUCGGCUCUCGUCCCCCUCCGUUUACUGCGCUCGGUUUUCCGACGACGGGAACUCCGGUUUCUUACCGGAAUCCUGUCCGAAAACCGUUCUUUUAUCUCCCGCGAAACAGUCUCUGUCUUGUCGGGAAACCGCUUCUCUCCAGUCUUCUCUAACGGCGGUCAACUUCAAAGACACUUUAUUUCAGUCCAAAACGAUUUCUGAUUUCAACUGUCACAACUCUCAACGGCUCGCAUUUCUCCGCACCGAAAAGACUAAAUAAAUAAAGAAAAAUAAAAAAGGGAACCGUUCGAAGACUUCGAAUUGGAUGGAGCUCUUAGGGUUUGGCUUGUCUGGAUUUUGAUUUCGGUUUGCAGAAGAGUUGCAGAUCGGGAAAGCUGUGUAUUUCUAGGGUUUGGAACUGAUUAGCUUGCGUCUUUGUCGACUGUUUUUAACCAUUUUGGGGGAGACGCGAGGAGUUCUUUUUUCUGGAGCUGUACAUUGAUGGUAGUUCACAUACAAGUUUGUCAUCUAUGAUGAUCAGAACUCUUGAACGAUCGAUGCGGGAGGUGGUUCGGAGAGUCUCUCACAUGGAAUGGCAGAUCUUGUUAGCUACGGAAAUGUAGAACGAGACGUCGAGCAGGCAUUAGUUGCUUUGAAAAAAGGUGCUCAACUGCUCAAGUAUGGUCGUAAGGGAAAGCCAAAGUUUUGCCCAUUCAGACUUUCAAAUGAUGAAUCAUCUUUGAUCUGGUUUUCAAGUGGUGGAGAAAAAAAAUUGAAGUUAGCUUCUGUAUCAAAAAUUGUCCCUGGACAAGGAACCUCUGUUUUCCAACGAUAUUUGCGCCCAGAGAAGGAAUACUUAUCUUUUUCUCUUAUAUACAACAAUGGAAAGCGAUCCCUUGAUCUGAUUUGCAAGGACAAAGUUGAGGCUGAAGUGUGGAUUGCGGGCCUUAAGGCAUUGAUUUCUUCCAAUCAAUGUGGACGCUCAAAAAUUGAUGGAUGGAGUGAUGGAGGAUUGUACAUUGAUGACAGUAGAGAUUUGACAUCUGCUAGCCCAAGCAACAGUUCUGUCAGUGCCACACGAGAUAUUAGCUCUCCAGAAGCAUCUGUUGGUGCCAGCAAUAGUUUCCCCAAAAGUUGUCCUCCUGAUACUUCAGUGCAUUCAGAUAGGUCACAUGUAGCAUCAGAUCACACAAAUAUGCAAGUAAAAGGAUCUGCUUCAGAGGUUUUUCGAGUUAGUGUUUCAAGUGCUCCAAGUACAUCUAGUCAUGGCUCUGCUCAGGAUGACUGUGAUGCUUUAGGUGAUAUGUACAUAUGGGGUGACAUUAUAUGUGAUAAUUUUCUCAAGGUUGGAGCUGAUAAAACUGUUAAUCCUUUAAGCAUUAGGACUGAUGUACUUCUUCCUAGACCAUUAGAGUCCAAUGUAGUUUUGGACGUACAUCAUAUAGCCUGUGGUGUCAGGCAUGCUGCUUUAGUCACAAGGCAGGGAGAGGUUUUUACAUGGGGUGAAGAGUCUGGUGGACGCCUUGGCCAUGGAGUUGGGGAAGAUGUUAUUCAACCUCGUCUGGUGGAAUCCUUGGCAGUCUCAAAUGUUGAUUUUGUUGCUUGCGGAGAGUUCCAUACUUGUGCUGUUACCUUGGCUGGUGAACUUUAUACAUGGGGGGAUGGCACACAUAAUGCUGGGCUUCUUGGUCAUGGCACUGAUGUUUGUCACUGGAUACCAAAGAGAGUUUCAGGUCCUCUUGAAGGACUUCAGGUUGCUUCCGUUACUUGUGGUCCAUGGCAUACAGCACUGAUUACAUCUACAGGGCAUCUAUUCACUUUUGGUGAUGGAACAUUUGGUGUUCUGGGCCAUGGCAACAGGGAAAGUGUAACAUAUCCAAGAGAAGUGGAAUCUCUGACAGGAUUGAGGACAAUUGCCGUUGCCUGUGGUGUGUGGCAUACUGCUGCUGUGGUGGAGGUUAUUGUGGCACAAUCCGGUGCUAGUGUUUCAUCAGGGAAAUUGUUUACUUGGGGUGACGGGGACAAGAGUCGUCUUGGUCAUGGAGACAAAGAACCUCGAUUGAAACCCACGUGUGUACCUUCACUAAUUGAAUAUAAUUUUUACAAGAUUGCUUGUGGGCAUAGUUUAACUGUUGGCUUGACCACAUCAGGGCAUGUUUUUACCAUGGGAAGUACAGUUUAUGGCCAGCUUGGCAAUCCCCACUCUGAUGGGAAGCUUCCUUGCUUGGUGGAAGAUAAACUUGCUAGUGAAUCUGUUGAAGAAAUUGCUUGUGGUGCAUACCAUGUAGCAGUUCUAACAUCCCGCAAUGAGGUUUUCACAUGGGGAAAGGGAGCUAAUGGAAGACUGGGCCAUGGAGAUAUUGAAGAUCGGAAAACACCAACACUAGUAGAGGCUUUGAAGGAUAGACAUGUUAAAUAUAUUGCUUGCGGUUCAAACUUCACAGCAUCCAUAUGCCUCCAUAAAUGGGUACCUGGAACUGAGCAGUCCCAGUGCUCAGCAUGCAGACAGGCAUUUGGGUUUACUCGGAAGAGGCACAAUUGCUACAAUUGUGGACUUGUACACUGCCAUUCCUGUAGCUCCAGAAAAGCUUUAGGAGCAGCUCUGGCUCCAAAUCCUGUUAAGCCAUAUCGUGUGUGUGAUUCUUGUUAUGCCAAGCUGAGCAAGGUCUCAGAACCUGGUGGUAGUAAUAAUAGGAGGAAUGCUAUACCCAGGCUCUCAGGAGAAAACAAAGACAGGUUAGACAAAGCUGACCUAAGAUCAUGCAAGUCUGCAACGCCUACCAAUAUGGAUUUGAUUAAACAGCUUGAUAGCAAAGCAUUUAAGCAUGGGAAGAAAUCUGACACAUUCUCUCUUGCUCGAUCUUCCCAAACAUCCAAUUUGUUGCAACUAAAGGAUAUUGCCUUUUCUAGUGCUAUUGACCUGCGCCGAACAGCUCCAAGACCAGUACUUACGUCAGUUGGUCAGUCUGCAAUCAGUUCCAGGGCUGUAUCACCUUUCUCUAGGAAACCAAGCCCACCUCGUUCUGCAACACCUAUUCCUACAACAUCAGGCCUUUCUUUUUCCAAAAGUAUUGCAGAGAGCUUGAAGAAAACAAAUGAGCUUUUGACUCAAGAAGUGCAGAAGUUGCGUUCCCAGGUUGAUAGCUUAAGACAACGAUGUGAACUACAAGAAUAUGAGUUGCAGAAAUCAACAAUGAAAACUCAAGAAGCUCUUGCAUUAGCUGCGGAGGAAUCUGCUAAAUCCAAAGCUGCAAAAGAAGUUAUAAAAUCCCUUACUGCACAGCUCAAGGACAUGGCUGAGAAGCUUCCACCUGGGUCCUAUGAGACUGAAAGCAUGAAGGCGGUUUACCUACCAAAUGGCUUGGAUCUGAAUGGCAUCCAUCAUCCUGAUGCAAAUGGAGAGGUCCACCCAAGAUCUGAUGCAACCAAUGGCUCUAACCUGGCUUCUCCUGCAAGAAUAGACUCAGGCACCACCAAUGGGACUCCAAGUCAGACUCAUUUGCCAAGGAACAUACCUGGAGCCCAUGAAACCAAUUCCUGCCUACAAAGCCAAGGAGUUUUGUCCCCCAAUGGGAUGGAUGACCAUGAAGAUGUAGGAUUGCGGAAUGGUAGUGGGGAUGUACAUAGCGGUAGCAAUGGUAGGCCUGAGGCUGCUGAUGGCAGGGAACCUGAGCCUUUCCAGAAUGGUGAGAAUAGUAUGAACUCUAGAAGUCCCUCUUUGACAGGUAACAGCCAUCAAGUUGAGGCUGAAUGGAUUGAACAAUAUGAACCUGGGGUAUAUAUAACCCUUGUAGCCCUCCGGGAUGGAACUAGAGAUCUAAGGCGAGUGCGAUUCAGCCGGAGGAGAUUCGGUGAGCACCAAGCAGAAACUUGGUGGUCAGAGAACCGUGAGAAGGUUUAUGAGAGGUAUAAUGUCCGGGUAUCAGACAGGUCAUCAGGAGCCACUGGGCAAUCAAUGCGUAGACCUGAAGAUGCCAUUUCACAAACUUCUCAACCUUAGCAGCGGAGAGAAUGUGCCUGUGUCUUUUUGGAUCCUUUUUGUGAUAGCUUAUGAAGGCUGUGCAGAAAAUCCCUGAUCAACCAGAUGGGAUACUGCUUUUUUUCCUCGUGCCUCUUUUGAUUUAUUUUCUUUGUUCCUUCAUUUUAUUCCUGGGUCUCUGCCCUUGCCUUCCUGUUGUAUUGUAUUGUAUUGUAUUGUAUAUAAAAUCAUCCUGUGAGAUAAUAUGGGCAGGAAAAAUUUUCCACCUUUACCCCUCAUAUAGUAUACAUCUCACCUGUCACAAUUUACCCCCAGUCGUGUCGUGUUAUUUUAACCUUUUCAAUCUUCUUCCCUGA